UCAUGGAUGUGAGUUGACUGUGAGUUGACUUGUGUUGUGCUUAAUUUGCGUACGCAACGCGAAAACCCAAGUAUGCAACUAGAAACAGCCGCAUAGUAUUCCAAUUAAUAUACGCUUGGCUAAAAAUCGCGUGUUCCGUUUGUAAGUUGCGGCAACAGGAUUGCAAAUGUCAAUAUGUCAGGAUCUCGGCCUUAACUUCCAACAGAGAAUGGGCGCAAAUAUAUCACAAUUAGAGAGAGAUAUUGGCUCCGAGCAGUUUCCACCGAACGAACAUUAUUUUGGUUUAGUUAAUUUUGGCAACACCUGCUACAGUAAUUCAGUGCUUCAAGCUUUGUAUUUCUGCCGCCCAUUUAGAGAGAAAGUCCUCGAAUAUAAGGCAAAGAAUAAGAGGACCAAGGAAACACUACUAACAUGCCUUGCAGACUUAUUUUAUAGUAUAGCCACUCAAAAGAAGAAAGUGGGAUCCAUAGCACCUAAGAAAUUUAUUGCUAGAUUGAGGAAAGAAAAAGAGGAAUUUGAUAACUACAUGCAACAAGAUGCACACGAGUUUCUCAAUUUUCUUAUAAACCAUAUUAAUGAAAUAAUUUUAGCUGAGAGAAACCAGAGCACUCUAAAGCUACAAAAGACAGAUGGUAACAAAGAGGGUGUGACAUGCAAUGGCACAUUACCUCAGAGCCAGAAUACAGAUCCCACAUGGGUACAUGAGAUCUUCCAGGGUACACUUACCAGUGAGACCCGGUGUCUGAACUGUGAGACUGUCAGCAGUAAGGAUGAACACUUUUUUGACUUGCAAGUGGACGUAGACCAGAACACGAGUAUAACCCACUGUCUGAAAUGCUUCAGCGAUACCGAAACUCUCUGUAAUGACAACAAGUUCAAAUGCGAUAACUGCAGUAGCUACCAGGAGGCCCAGAAACGUAUGCGAGUUAAAAAGCUGCCCCUCAUACUGGCGUUACAUCUGAAGAGGUUCAAAUACAUGGAACAGUAUAAUAGGCAUAUUAAGGUGUCACAUCGAGUUGUUUUCCCAUUGGAACUGCGACUGUUCAAUACGAUCAAUGUUCCGCAGUCGGACGACGCGGUCAACCCUGACCGCCUGUACGACCUGGUGGCAGUGGUGGUGCACUGCGGCUCCGGGCCCAACCGGGGGCACUACAUCAGCAUCGUCAAGAGCCACGGCUUCUGGCUGCUCUUCGACGACGACAUGGUAGACAAAAUUGAUGCAUCUGCUAUAGAAGACUUCUACGGUCUAACAUCUGAUAUACAGAAAUCAUCUGAGACAGGAUAUAUACUAUUUUAUCAAUCCAGAGAUGCUAGUUGUUAAGUUUCACUAAACAUAGUAAUUUAUAUAUUUAACGUAUAUGCCAUAUUGUUAAAGUUGGAAAGGCAUAUGUUAUUGAGAUUUGUUUGGUUUCGAUCACUGAAUCGAAUGAACUAUUAUUAUUCAUCUUAUUAGAUUUCGUUCAUUUGUAAAUAUUUUUCAUAAUAAAUUAAAAAAUUGUGAUCUUC